UUGCGCGUGUCUAAAAGAAAAACAAAAAGAGAAAUCCCUGAACCGCGCUUGGUUUUUUGCAUGAACAGAGCAUUGAAAAAUAUAAAACAAAGCAAAGCAACGAACCUUUGAUGAUUUGAUUCUCACUCACUCUUGUAUUCCAUUCCAUGGACGAAUUCCUCGCUCUAAUUUGCCCUAAUUCUCCAUUCGUAUGGGAUGGGGAGAGAUUUUCCGACUGUUUUGAAGACAUUGUUUUAGUUUUUGCGGUCAACAUAGUGACUGUUGUUAUGAUUGUUGUGCUUGGAUUUAAUCAGAAGAUUGGUCGUGGAUUUCGGCUAUCAGAUUCCCAGAUGACCCUUCCAGAAAAAUUUGUCCUGAACCUUAUACCAGCUGUUGGAGCUUGUCUUUCAAUCGUAGACUUAAUUUUUCUGUGGAAGAAAGACCACAAUAGUCACUUUGUUGGAUAUCAUAAAUGGUUCAAUAGCUGUUCUGAGUUGAUUUUGUGGAUAAAUAUCAUUCUAUUCACAAAGUGUGCCAGCAGCCAUUACAUUGUCUUCAACCGUGGGUUAUGUUUCUGGUGGAUUCUGAAAGCAAUAUUGGCAGUUUUCUAUUUGAUGACAAAGUUUUCAUCACUGAAGGUUUCAGUCUGCAUCAUGGAAAGCUUAGUUGUUCUCUUGAAUAUCUCAUUUAGCAUAGCUAUCAAUGUGAUCCGGAUAAAGAUACCAUCUUUCAAAAGCAGUUUAUUGGAAGAUCCACUUCUUUCGAAUGGAGUAGACCUUGAGGAAGGUGGCUAUAAUGACCUUGGAAAUAAUGGAAACUUUUGGGAUUUGAUGACUUUCAAAUUCAUAACUCCAGUAAUGAAUCAUGGUGUGAUAAAGCAAUUAGACCCUGAAGAUCUGUUGCCGCUACCUACUGACAUUGUUCCUUCUUCUUGUCAUGAUGUGAUUUUAUCCUGCUGGCAAGCUCAACUGAGUAACAAUGAUUCGAACCCAUCCUUGUUUAGAGCACUCUGUAGUGCGUAUGGAUGGCCAUAUCUCUGCCUGGGUUUAUUGAAGGUGAUUAAUGAUUGUAUUGGUUUUGCGGGACCAUUGCUUCUCAAUAAGCUGAUCCAGUUUCUUCAGCAAGGUUCAGUGAAUUUGGACGGGUAUUUACUUGCAUUAUCCUUGGGUCUCACCUCUAUAAUUAAAUCCUUUUUAGAUACACAAUAUACUUUUCAUCUUUCCAAACUGAAGCUGAAGCUGCGAUCUAGUAUCAUGACUCUAAUCUAUGAGAAGUGCCUACGUGUGAACUUAGCAGAGCGUUCAAAAUUCACAAAUGGCGAAAUUCAGACAUUUAUGUCAGUGGAUGCUGACCGUACUGUCAACUUGUGUAAUAGUUUCCAUGAUAUGUGGAGCCUGCCUUUACAAAUUGGAGUGGCGCUCUAUCUUUUGUAUACUCAAGUCAAAUUUGCAUUUGUAUCUGGAUUAGCGAUAACCAUUUUAUUGAUACCAGUGAAUAAAUGGAUAUCACAAUUGAUUGCAAGGGCUACUGAGCAAAUGAUGAAGGAAAAGGAUGAAAGGAUUCGUAGGACAGGAGAACUUUUGACUUAUAUUCGCACUUUAAAGAUGUAUGGAUGGGAACUUCUUUUUUCUAGUUGGUUGAUGGAUACAAGAUCUUUGGAAGUCAAACACUUAGCUACUCGGAAGUACUUGGAUGCAUGGUGUGUUUUCUUUUGGGCUACAACGCCAACACUCUUUUCUCUUUUCACAUUUGGACUCUUUGCACUGAUGGGACAUGAACUUGAUGCUGCAAUGGUUUUCACUUGUCUUGCUUUGUUUAACACGCUGAUUUCACCACUAAAUUCAUUCCCCUGGGUAAUUAAUGGAUUGAUUGAUGCCAUCAUAUCCUCCAGACGAUUGAGUAGGUUUCUCUCUUGUCCUGAACGUAAAUUUAAAGUGGGAGACACAAAUUCGAGUCCAUCAUCAUUCCUAAGUAAACAGCCUGAUUCUGUACAAGGUUUGGGUGUCUUUAUACAAGAUGCAUGUUGUACUUGGUCAAGCAGUGAGGAACAAGCAUUAAAUUUGGUGUUGAAUCAUGUGACUCUAAGUGUGUCCCAGGGUUCCUUUGUUGCAGUUAUUGGAGAGGUUGGUUCAGGUAAAUCAUCCCUGUUAUAUUCAAUUCUUGGAGAAAUGCAGCUUGCUCGUGGCUCUGUUUAUUCCAAUGAAUCCAUUGCUUAUGUACCACAGGUCCCUUGGAUUUUAUCUGGAACAGUGCGUGACAACAUAUUGUUCGGGAAAAGCUAUGAUCCUGAAAGGUAUACUGAUACACUGCAGGCAUGUGCAUUAGAUGUUGAUGUCUCAAUGAUGGUUCGAGGUGACAUGGCUUAUAUUGGAGAGAAAGGAGUCAACUUAUCAGGUGGACAGAGAGCUCGACUUGCUUUGGCAAGGGCCAUGUAUCAUGACUCAGAUGUUGUUAUGCUUGAUGAUGUCCUGAGUGCAGUUGAUGUACAAGUUGCUCAACGUAUCUUACACAAUGCCAUUUUAGGUCCUCUUAUGCAGAGAAAAACCCGAUUGCUCUGUACUCAUAACAUCCAGGCAAUAUCUUCUGCUGAUAUGAUUGUUGUAAUGGACAAGGGACGCAUAAAGUGGAUGGGAAAUUCAGCUGACUUUCCAAUUUCUUCUUAUACAGAAUUCUCUCCAUUGAACGAAAUUGAUUCAGCUUUACAUAAUCAUAGACAAUCUUUCAGCACAAAUCUUUCAUCCAAAUCCAAGGAGCAGUCUCUUCCUAAUUCAGAUAUUGUGCAUGUUCUGGAGGGAGUAGAGGAGAUAGUUGAAGUUGAGUUGAGGAAAGAGGGGAAAGUUGAACUUGGAGUGUAUAAGAAUUAUGCUGUCUUCACUGGUUGGUUUAUGACAGUCAUUAUAUGCCUAUCAGCCAUUCUGAUGCAAGCUUCUCGUAAUGGGAAUGAUUUAUGGCUGUCAUUUUGGGUUGAUACAACAACAGAAAGCAGUCAAACAAGAUAUUCUGUGUCUUUCUAUCUGGCUAUACUGUGUCUCUUUUGUAUUAUGAAUUCCCUUUUCACAUUGGUGAGGGCAUUCUCUUUUGCAUUUGGUGGAUUGCAAGCAGCAACUAAGGUACACAAUAAAUUGCUCAACAAGCUUGUCAAUGCACCUGUGCAAUUCUUUGAUCAGACCCCGGGGGGAAGAAUACUGAAUAGGUUAUCUUCAGAUCUUUAUACAAUUGAUGAUUCUCUUCCGUUCAUUAUGAACAUUCUCCUAGCUAAUUUUGUAGGCUUGUUGGGUAUUACAAUAAUUUUGUGUUAUGUACAGGUCUUCUUCUUACUCUUGCUAUUGCCAUUUUGGUAUAUCUACAGUAGACUACAGUUCUUCUACAGGUCAACAUCAAGAGAGUUACGAAGACUGGACAGUGUUUCUCGUUCUCCAAUAUAUACAUCUUUCACUGAAACACUUGAUGGAUCAUCAACUAUUAGGGCAUUUAAGGCUGAGGACUUUUUCUUUGCCAAAUUCAUUGAACAUAUAACCUUGUAUCAGAAGACUUCCUACACAGAGAUAGUGGCAAGUUUGUGGCUUUCCUUGCGUCUUCAGUUAUUAGGUGCAUUUAUCGUCUCAUUCAUAGCUGUGAUGGCUGUUGUUGGAUCUCAUGGCAGUCUGCCUAUCAACUUUGGUACCCCAGGACUGGUAGGAUUGGCCCUCUCAUAUGCAGCUCCAAUUGUGUCCCUGUUGGGGAGUUUUUUAUCAAGCUUCACCGAAACAGAAAAGGAAAUGGUUUCAGUUGAAAGAGCCCUUCAAUACAUGGACAUUCCUCAAGAAGAACAAACUGGAUGCCUAUACUUGAGUCCAGAUUGGCCAAAUCAAGGAGUUAUCGAAUUCCAGUCUGUUACUUUGAAAUAUAUGCCUUCUUUGCCAGCUGCACUCUGCAAUCUUAGUUUUAGAAUUGUAGGAGGGACACAAGUUGGAAUAAUUGGAAGAACAGGAGCUGGAAAGUCUAGUGUGUUAAAUGCCCUUUUCCGCCUUACACCCAUAUGUACAGGCUCUAUCACAAUUGAUGGCGUGGAUAUUAAAAAUAUUCCUGUCAGAGAACUACGUACACAUUUGGCCAUUGUUCCUCAGAGUCCAUUUCUGUUCGAAGGAUCAUUAAGCAUUCAUCCUCUUCAUUUUGUCAUCGCCGUCACCCACCGCCUCCCCCUGUUGCCGCUCCCUCUGCGACUCCUAGAGCGGCUCCCACUGGGAGAAGCACAUCGCCAAGUCUAGCCGUAGCUCCUCUCCUUCCAGCCUCUCCGUCCUUGUUACCGACAUUGCCGUCUUCGUCGACUCCCUGUCUCCCUCUCCCUCAAGCAUCGCGGCGACGACAUCCUCGGCCUCAACAACUUCAACUGCUACUACGACCCCUCCCUUAAGCGCGCCCACCAGUGCCUCCUUGACCGUGCCGACGUCUUCGUCGUCGACGCCGACCUCAACAACUCCGCUCUCCUCCGCAAGCUCUUCGAUGUCGUCCCCUUCACCCAUGCCAUGCACCUCACCACCUAGGCCAGCGUCUGCUAAACCAUGCAGAACCCCCAAUCCUACAUUCACAGCAACAUCGCCGGUUUUGUCAACCUUCUAGAAGCUUCCAAAUCCGCUAACCCUCAACCAUAUAUCAUCUGGGCCUCUUCAAGCUCCGUCUAUGCUUAUCGGCGUGAAGAAUGCGACGGAGGGUGUUCACCUUCAAAAUGCAAGCGCAGCAGUGGAGGGUCGUCGUCAAGCAUAAGAUCGCUUUGUCUCCUUUUGAUGAGCUUGAUCUGGGCCUGAAUCUGGAAUUUUUGUGUGAUUACCAUGACAUAGAAGUUCUAGAAAAGAGAAAACCAAUUUCUGGUAGCUACAAUCUACCAGAAAUCGAAAUCGUAAUCGAGUUUAAUUAAUUUUAAACAAGUUUUUCAAACAUUUUUUGUGGCUUGUAACAGUAAGAGAAUAAGUUCCAUUAAAUAAUUAAUUAAAAAAUUACAUGUGUCGCAUUUAGUCCAACGUGGCACAACACAUAACUGACAUCACAAAUUAACCGACACAUUAACAAUUAACGGAAUUUACUAACUCAAAAAUUUUCAAAUAUCAUAUUUAAUCCUUUUUUUUAUUGGACCUACAUUUCAUGUCUACUUAAUUCCCU